CAAGCUCCGAUAUUACAAAAGUCGAAUUGUUUCUUUUUUUUUUCCUCUUAAAGGAAAAAUUAGCAGGCAAUGUCUGUCUGAGAAUUCUGAUAAUUGAAGAGAAAACAGCCGGGUUCGUGAAAAAUAUUCGAUCGUCUGGCGUAAAUCUAACCUUGUUCGCAUUCAGCUUUUCUUGUGGAAGGAUAGAAAAGGUUGAGAAGAUACUUGUGAAUGGCAGACAUACCUAGACACCUGCGUGCUUGUUUGGAUAUGGGGAAAAUAGCUUUCUUAGCUAUCCUUGUUUCUGGAGGAAUCGUCUUGCAAAUUCUGGCUUGUGCUCUGUAUAAUAACUGGUGGCCAAUGCUAAGUGUGAUAAUGUAUGUGCUUCUCCCAAUGCCUUUGCUCUUCUUCGCUGGAUCGGACAGUACAUCUCUCUUCAAUGAAUCAGACAAUAGCUGGAUCAAUGCAGCCAAGUUCAUGACUGGUGCAUCAGCAGUUGGAAGCAUCGCCAUACCUUCGAUUCUAAAACAUGCUGGACUCAUCGGUUGGGGAGCAUUAGCCUUUGAUCUCUCUUCCUACGUUGUCUUCAUUGUUGCUAUUCUGAGUUACAUUUGCAUAGGAGAUGACAGUGACAACUACUACAGCUACAUAUAAAAGUGACAUACAAAGUCAUCAUCAUUAUUUUCUCAA